UUUUUGUGGGCUUAAAAGCCCACAAGGCAACAGGCACCAAUUAAGUGCAGACCGCCGGACAAUUGGCUAAAGCGAGGAAGAGAGGAGUUGCUGUUUGAGGGAGGAACUCGCCGAAAUUUAGCGUGUAGACAUGGCAGAUGGGUCAUUCUGCUCCACCUCCAAUUCCUUCCAUCUACUCAAAGAAGUAAAAAGCCACGAGGUUUCCAUUGCAGAGCUUAAUAGUCUUCCAUCAUCUCGGACUGUCUAUCAGAAAAAUGCAAACAUAUAUUUUCGUACAACUAUUGAGAAAGCAACAGCAUCUGAGCAGAAACAUCUUGAAGUGGCGAAACGUAAGCUAGAUCAACUGAAUGCUUCUUGAUUUUACUUGGCUUACGGCUUCUAUGUCAAACCUGCCGGUACCUUUGCCACUAGAGCAUUUUUGCUCUAAUAGCAGUGCUUUGAUUCUUCCUCACCCUUGGGGAGGCGGUCCUGUUCAGGCUGUAUUCCCAUCUAAAUUCUGUAAUUUCUCUGGAUUCCUGGAAGCUAACCAAUGUAUGAACUGUUUACAGCAAUUUCUUGCAGGCAGUGAUAAUUCAAGUUUUUAGUGUCUAUUGUUAUUGUUUUAA